AUGCAAUAUAAUUCCAAGCAGACAGGGAUUGCCACGAUGAAACCGCUGACAGCCUGGCUUUCAGUCGCCCUGGCGCUGACGGCCCAUCUCUCGCACGCCCGGUACUCGAGCCCCAAUUUCAACAAGGGGGGGUUCGGGCCGUGGCACCCGUCGUCGCGGGGACGGCCCAUCCCGCUCCCGAGGGUCUACCAGACCGCGGAGUCGACCCUGAGGAUCGACCCGAGGAGCUUCCACUUCAAUAUCAUUGAGAACGAGUGCGAGACGCUGCAGGACGCGGUGAAGCGCUACAAGACGCUCAUCUUCAAGCCGGCGAACUUCAAGCCGUGCAAGAACGUGGAGGCGACCUGCGACGGGGGCGACUGCCUCAAGCAGAUCGACAUCCAUCUUCAGUCUCCGUGCGAGGAAUGGCCGCCCGUCCGCAUGGACGAGAAAUAUCUACUGCAGCUGAAUACAGACAAGGCGAAGGGAGGAGCGACCUUGUCUGCAUCGAGCAUCUGGGGGAUCCUCCGUGGACUCGAGACCUUCAGCCAGAUCGUCCAUUAUCACGACUGCCAGUUUCUGGUGAACACGACCUUCAUCGAGGACUGGCCCCGCUUCCCCUGGAGAGGCUUGCUCCUGGACACUUCCCGCCAUUUCCUGCCCAAGACGACCAUCUUCGAGACGCUGGACCUGAUGGCGAUGAACAAGCUCAACGUCUUUCAUUGGCACAUCGUCGACGACAACUCCUUCCCCUACGAGUCCGCCCGAUUCCCCUUCCUCAGUAAGAGCGGAUCAUACGGACAAGAACUUGUCUACACGAGGAAGGAUCUCAAGGAUAUAUUGGAGUACGCGAGGCGAAGAGGAAUCAGAGUUGUACCUGAAUUCGACACACCUGGACAUACGCAGUCGUGGGGACGGGACCUGCCGGGAUUCCUCACCCCCUGCGGGGCCGGGAACUCCUGGGCCGCGAAGGAGGACUUGCCCGAGUACGGGCCCAUCGACCCCAGCCGCGAGGAGAACUACGCCUUCCUCUGGAAGUUUUUCGGCGAGGUCCUCGAAACCUUCCCCGACCAGUUUCUUCACCUCGGAGGAGACGAAGUGGAUUUCCGCUGCUGGAGCAUGGAUGAAAAUAUCAGGAAUUUCAUGAAGAAGCACAACAUCUCGGAUUACGAGGGCUUGGAGGGCUAUUACUUCCGAAGGCUCCUUAAACUGCUCGAUGACAUCUCAUCCAAGAAGAAGAACUACAUGGUGUGGCAGGAGGUUUUCGACAACCAAGUUCCCUUGGAUCCCGACGCCGUCGUUCAGAUUUGGAAGGAAAAGUGGGAGAAUGACAUGGCUCAGGUUACACUAGCUGGGAAUCCAGCACUCCUCUCUUCUUGCUGGUACCUGGACUACAUCUCAUACGGAACGGAUUGGGAGGAAUACUACAAGUGCGACCCAGAGAACUUCCCAGGCACCCCUGCCCAGAAACGGCUCGUCCUCGGCGGUGAAGUCUGCAUGUGGGGAGAAUUCACGGAUUCCACGAACGUCCAUUCUCGACUGUGGCCGCGAGGAUCUGUCGCAGCGGAGCGACUGUGGUCCGCGAGGGAAGCGCAAGACGGGGACUUCCUCGCUUCCAGGAUGAACGAGCACCGGUGCCGUCUCCGCCGUCGAGGCUUCCCUGCUCAGCCCAUCAACGGCCCUGACUUCUGCGAGCAUCUGAAAGCACCCUAAAUAAGCACCGGUUUUCUUCACGGUUGUUCAUUUCAAGAUUUGAGCU